UAACUACACAACAAAGAUUCUUUUGUUUCCAUUUUCUCUCUCUCUACUGUCUACUCUCUCUCUCUCUAAAAUCUACAGAGCAUUGCUUUGUUUGCUCUCAAAAUCCCUUCUGGGUCUCCGAUUCCUUGCUUUCCUUUCAAUCUCCCCACUCCCCUCUUCCAUAAAAGGCCCACCUUUACACCUCAUUUUCCCCUUCCACCAUCCCCGUCUCUUCUCUCUCUCUCUCUCUCUCUCUCUCUCUCUCUCUCUCUGUGAAGUUUCCCUUCAAUUGCACUCCUCCUUGCCUUCGCUUUCUCCGGGCAGCGUCUUCGUUGGCCUCUCGAUCAGUUUGGUUUCUGGGGUUUGGAGCUCCUCCAUUCCCGAUUGGUUUGUUCCUGGCCGGGAUUCGGUACUCCAUCUAGCCGCCUCUGCCGGAUCUGGAUUUCGGGGGACGGAUUUGAGCUAGGUUUUUCUGGUCUACAGAGCUUGGAAGGACCGAGACAUGGAUAAAUACGAGCUGGUGAAGGACAUAGGAUCCGGGAAUUUCGGGGUGGCGAGGCUCAUGAGGAACAAGGAGACGAAGGAACUCGUCGCCAUGAAAUACAUUGAGCGUGGCCACAAGAUUGAUGCGAAUGUGGCGAGGGAGAUCAUUAAUCACAAGUCGCUUCGUCACCCCAAUAUCAUCCGCUUCAAGGAGGUUGUCUUGACUCCGACACAUCUUGCCAUUGUGAUGGAAUAUGCGGCGGGUGGAGAGCUGUUCGAGAGGAUCUGCAAUGCUGGAAGAUUCAGCGAGGAUGAGGCUAGAUAUUUCUUCCAGCAACUCAUUUCAGGAGUCAGCUACUGCCAUUCCCUGCAAAUCUGCCAUAGAGAUUUGAAGUUGGAGAACACCCUAUUGGAUGGGAGCCCUGCGCCUCGCUUGAAAAUUUGUGAUUUUGGCUAUUCCAAGUCAUCUCUAUUACAUUCAAGACCAAAGUCCACAGUCGGUACUCCAGCAUAUAUUGCACCAGAAGUUCUCUCUAGAAGAGAGUAUGAUGGCAAAUUGGCAGAUGUUUGGUCGUGCGGAGUGACUCUAUAUGUGAUGUUGGUUGGAGCAUAUCCCUUUGAGGACCCAGAAGACCCAAAGAAUUUCAGGAAAACUAUUAGCCGAAUUAUGGCUGUCCAGUACAGAAUCCCUGAUUAUGUCCACAUAUCUCAAGAUUGUAGACAAUUGCUGGCCCGUAUAUUCGUCGCAAGCCCAGCAAGGAGGAUCACAAUCAAGGAAAUCAAGAGCCACCCCUGGUUCCUGAAGAACUUACCGCGGGAGCUGACAGAAGCUGCUCAAGCAGUGUAUUACAGAAAAGAGAACAUGGGGGUCUGCCUUCAGCGCGACGAGGAGAUCAUGAAGAUUGUUGAGGAGGCGAAAAUGCCACCUCCGGCUUCACGGUCUGUUAGUGGCUUUGGUUGGGGAGGCGAAGAGGACGGGGACUUUAAGGAAGAGGACGUUGAGGAGGAGGAAGAAGAUGAGUAUGAGAAGAGUGUCAAAGAGGCUCAAGCCAGUGGAGAGUUCCAAGUGAGCUGAGAGGCUAUACAAAGAAAAGAUUGCUUUCAUAUUAGGAAGUUUUGCACCGUUGAGUACAUUUCGGGGCUUCAAGGUUAUGCUAAAGUAUCAGUGGCUGAAGUUAGUCUGUAAAUCUUGGUUUGUUUUAUGGUUGGACUGGACGUGAAUUGUUGAGUCUCAUGGGAUGGAAAAUAUAAAGAUUAAGGGUGUGCUGUUUACGGUUUUCGGGUGUAUGGUUUUAUUGGUAAUUAAGGUGUAUGGACAGGAAGAACGAUAGAAACCGAACCCUAAGAGAGGUACAUUAUGUUUCUCUUGAAGUGGUUUAUGCUUGGCUAGUUUGUAUCUAUGGUGGUCUUUAAUAAAUUUGCAUCAACGUAUUAUUGUCUUUGGUUAA